AACCACUGAUAAUCGCAGAGAGAUUCAGAUUUCAUAAGAGAAAUCAGCAAGACGGUGAAUCCAUCUCACAAUUUGUUGCUGUGUUAAAACAAUUAUCCGAGCAUUGUGAGUUUGGUCAGUCGUUGAGUGACACAUUACGUGACAGGCUUGUUUGUGGUCUUCGUAGUGAAGCUAUACAAAAGCGACUCCUAACGGAAAGUAACUUAACACUGCAGAAGGCCAUAGAAAUCAGCACGUCAAUGGAAAUGGCCGCAAAAGAGGCACAACAGUUAAGUGCAUCCACUCAAGUACACAAAGUGUAUGCUGAUUCAAGAAACAAAUCAACCUCAGAUAAGCCAUGUUAUCGCUGUGGGAAAACGGGACAUCAGCCUGGAGAUUGUUGGUGCAAAGACAUGAGCUGUAGAAAUUGUGGCAAGAAAGGUCACAUUGAACGUGCCUGCAAAAAUAAAAAGACACAAAGUAGCAAAAAUGCUGGACCGAAAAAUAAAAAUUACCAUAAAUUUAAACAAAAACAAGUGAACCAAAUGGAAAAUGCCCAUCACACACAGAAUGAUUCAGGAUCUGAGGAAGAUGAUGUGUUAUGCGUUUUAUCAGUUUCAGGAAAUGAAAGGGGCUAUUGGGUGACUCCUCUACUAAAUGGGAAACCAGUACAGAUGCAAGUGGACACUGGAGCAGCAGUAUCACUCGUCUCAGUGACUACAUUGAAAGAAACGUUGCCGCACCUCACACCUCUGCCCUCCAACAUUACACUGAAGACUUAUACAGGUGAGAUAGUUCCUGUUAAAGGGGUAGUUGAUGUAACAGUGGAACUAAAUAGGCAGAAGAGAAAACUACCACUGUACGUGAUCGAAGGCAACCACCCAGCUUUGCUAGGUAGAACUUGGCUGGAAAAGAUUAAGCUGGAUUGGCAAGAUGUCCGUUUAGUCAGCGAAAACACAAAACUCCAAGGGAUUCUAAAUAAGUAUUCAGAAGUGUUCAGUGACAAACUUGGAAGUAUGAAGGAUAUUGCAGUGAAACUGACAGUGAAACCAGACAGUCAGCCAAGGUGCUUGAAAGCCAGACCAGUGGCGUACGCCAUUAAACCUAAGGUUGAAGCUGAAUUGGAGAGACUAGUACAAGCGGGAGUACUGCGACCAGUACAUACGAGUGAGUGGGCCACUCCAAUCGUGCCGGUCUUAAAAAAAGAUGGGUCCCUUCGACUAUGUGGCGACUUUAAGGUCACCAUAAAUCCGAUUUUGACCCCAGAGCAGUAUCCUUUGCCUCGUAUUGAGGAUCUAUUUUCCAAUCUCGCUGGGGGUCAACAGUUUAGUAAAAUUGAUCUGUGUCAGGCUUAUUUGCAAAUGCAUGUGGACCCAAAUUCACAAAAAUUCCUUACCAUCGUGACACAUAAGGGAAUGUACCAAUACCAACGUCUCCCUUUUGGAAUUUCCUCGGCACCAGCUCUGUUCCAAAGAGCAAUGGACCAGAUUCUCAGUGGGCUGACCGGGGUGCAAUGUUACCUUGAUGACUUGCUGAUCACCGGAAAGGAUGAGCAAGAGCAUUUAAGUAAUUUGGAAGCUACCUUACAGAGACUGCAGAAUUUUGGACUGAAGGUCAGGAAGGACAAGUGUGAGUUUUUCAGCUCUUCCGUUGAAUAUUUGGGUCACGUGAUUGAUAGUUCUGGACUCCACAAGGCACCCUCAAAGGUGAAGGCAAUAGUAGAAGCGCCAGCGCCGCAGAAUGUGAGUCAGCUUCGGUCUUUUUUGGGGCUGUUGACCUAUUAUGCGAAAUUUGUGCCAAAUUUAGCGAACAGACUGAAACCGUUGCAUGAGCUACUGAACAAAUCCAGUAAGUGGGAAUGGACGAAACAAUGUGAAAAAUCUUUCAAUGAGGUAAAAACUGCCUUAGCCCAGUCUGACGCUCUCACUCACUUCAACCCUGCGCUGCCUGUACAGCUGGCAUGUGAUGCUUCGCCAUACGGCGUGGGGGCGGUAGUGUCACACAUCAUGCCAUCGGGUGAGGAAAAACCCAUUGCUUUCGCGUCACGAACUUUAAGUGCGGCAGAACGUAACUAUGCCCAAAUCGAGCGUGAGGCACUUGCUAUAGUGUUUGGGGUGAAGAAAUUUCAUCAAUUUUUAUUUGGAAGACGAUUUACGCUUCUAACUGAUCACAAACCUCUUACUUCUAUCUUCAGCCCAGAUGCAGGUGUUCCUUCACUGGCAGCUGCUAGAAUGCAGCGAUGGGCCCUUCUGCUCUCUGCACAUCAGUACGAUAUAAAAUACAGAAGAUCGGAAAGUCAUGCAAAUGCUGAUGGGCUCUCCCGACUUCCGUUGCCCACUUCACAUCCAGAACCAGCACGUGCAGAAAUUUUCUACUUCAAAGAGGUGGAUAAUUCCCCCGUAACAGCAGCUCAGGUAAAAAAGCACACACGUUCUGACCCAGUGAUGUCUAAGGUGUUGGAUCUUGUGCUCAGAGGUGAAGUAGGAGAGAUGUCGCCUCUGCUAAGGCCGUAUUUGACCAGAAGAAAUGAGUUGACAGUAGAAUCUGGAUGUUUACUGUGGGGCUCGAGGGUCAUUAUUCCACCGCCAUUAAGACAACGAGUACUGGACGAACUUCAUUCAGGACACUGUGGAAUAGUUAGGAUGAAGGAAAUCGCCCGCAGCUAUCUUUGGUGGCCAGGUGUGGACUCAGGCAAAAGCAAAAAGUGCAGUGCAUGUCAAAAAUUGAGAAAUACUCCUCAACCAGCUCCGCUACACCCCUGGCAAUGGCCUGAGGAACCAUGGGUGAGAGUCCAUAUUGAUUUUGCAGGGCCCGUCGAAGACCAUAUGUUUUUAGUUCUUCAGGAUGCCCACAGCAAAUGGCCAGAGGUGGAGGUAAUGAAAAACACAUCUUCAUUGAAAACUGUGGAAGCCCUACGUUCAAUUUUUGGUCGUUUCGGCCUGCCACAGCAACUUGUCAGUGACAAUGGGCCACAGUUGGUCUCGGAGGAGUUUGAGGUUUUCCUGAAGGUCAACGGAAUUCAGCACAUACGAUCAGCACCUUAUCAUCCGUCCACGAACGGCCUUGCUGAGCGUUUUGUCCAGACGCUGAAGCAGGCUCUCAAGUCAACGCUGGGUAAGGGUUCACUAAAACAGCGCCUCAACACUUUUCUACUGUCCUAUCGAAAUACCCCUCAUGCCACCACCAGGGUAUCUCCUGCCUACGCUAUGUUUAAAAGACAGCUUCGCACUCGUUUGGAUUUGUUGAAACCUCGAAAAACACAACAGACUGUUCAAGCACAACAAAACCUGCAGAGGGAACAACGGUCAAAAGCAAAACAUCGUUGUUUCAGACCGGGAGACAAAGUGUUGGCUCGUAACUACGGGAAAGGUGUCAAAUGGCUGCCAGCAACGGUGAUCGCACAAACAGGGCCUGUGUCGUACACUGUGGAACUUGUGGAGAGUCAUCUAAUAUGGAGAAGACAUGUAGACCAGUUACUAGCUGCUAUUGCAAGUGACAAUUCUGGAGAACAAGUAACAAUGGAUCCUUACCUGGAAAUUGCUCCAGAAUACCAUCAUAUGUCUGAGAAUUCUACACCACUUCCUGAAAAUUCAUUGACUAAGACUCUGCCUAGUCAAAUUAAAGAGACUGUUCCAGGUGUAAGUCAGUCAGUGCCCCUAUCCAAGCAAACCCCUGUAAAAGAAACUGUAGCUGUGGAUGUACCUACAGUUCGGCCUUAUCCUAAAAGAGAGCGGCGACCUCCUAAUAGACUGACACUCUAGUUAGGGACAAACCCACAACAUUGGGGCAGAAUAAUCCCCAGGGUUUUGUCCGGGAAUAGAGGUAGUCUACCCUCUUUCCCUAGUUUAAAAAAAAAAAAAAAAAAAAAAAAAUUUCUUCUGAAUAAUGCAUACUUACGUGAUACAUUGAAGUUCCAAGAAAAACAAAAUGUAAAAAAAAAAAAAAGUUAAUAACAGUUAAUGUAUACUUUAUUUUCUUACUACCUUGAAAUUUAAGGGGGGAGGAAUAUGUUGUGUAUUUACGACAUGUGAAUUGACCCUUCUAUGUUGCCAUACCCCCUUUUGUAUGCUUGUAAUUCUAUUGGUGGAUUAGCCCGGCGGUUGCCUGGGAAACGUGUUGAGAAAAUAAAGCAGCUCCGGUUAACAUGCGCUCUUGCCUCUCGUGU